AUGAAAUCUCUCCCUUUCCCGUUUCCCCUCAACAUCGGCACAGACAUCGUCCACAUCCCGCGUAUAAACCGCCUCCUUACGCGACCUGGCGACUACCUCACGCGCUUCACCCGCCGCAUCCUCUGUGAUCAAGAACAGCAAGAUUUCCACAAGCGCUUCGGUGAUAGCCUUAAAGCGCGCUCCGCCUAUCACCAACAACCUCCUCCUGUCCAUUCGGACAUAACGCGAUGGCUUGCCGGACGAUUCGCCGCAAAGGAGGCUGCGCGUAAAGCUGCGCCGGCAGGAGCGGCCUCACUCGGGUGGAAGGAUGUAAUGAUCCGGGUUCAGGAAGAUGGGGGGCAUUUUGGAGAGGGUGUGAGUCGGAGGCCAGAGAUUGUCUACUUGGGGAGUAGGGAAAAUGGGAAUGAAGGAAGAGUUGCCAAAUUGUCCAUUUCCCAUGAUGGGGAGUAUGUGGUUGCUACAGUUUUGGCGGCAAGCUGA